UGUUAAGCCAUUCUUUCUGCGGAUGGCCUCCGGUAGAUGGCCAUUGACGAACGCCUUCCUCUCGCCGCCCAGUGGAUCUCUGCUCUGCUCAUCGGAUCUUCCAUCCUCGCAGCACUCGUUCUCCCCGCCGCCGACGCACAGAGAUUGGACUACAAAUUCAGACCUCUCGACCCCGUGAGCCAUCCACAACCAGCCACGACACAAAGGAAGACGAUUCAUGGCGCGCACAUGGUCGUGUGUGGUCAGGUCUUGUACAAGGCGACGAUACUGGUUGACCCUUGCAAGGACCAGGUGCUUGCGGGCGGUCGAGGAUUCAGCUGCUGCAAGAGCUCCGGCAUCGCUGUCUGCCAGGACCACCCAGAGGCCGUCGUGGCGGAGGAGGACCUGCACAUCGCAUACUUCCAGAAUGCGCACAUCCCCGUGUGUUUGGGCGAGUUCGAGAGCGACCCCGACUGUGGCAGCUUCAUCGAGAUCCACAAGUACGGCGACUACGCCAUCGAGUCCUCGGUCGAGCUGCGCAACGAAUGGCCCAACGGAUUCGAAUCCAUAUUCAUACCAACCGAGAACCUCUGCGCAGGUACAUAGGUCAGGAAGGUGGGCAUGUGGGACGGAUGCAUCCUUGUGUGUGGACAGAUAGAUAUGUGUCUGCUGUGUGUUGUGUUGUGUUGGAUACAUACAGGUAGCUACGAGUUGUGGUGGGUGGUGCGGACCCCGUCAGGGCCCUACGUGCAGUACACCAAGCCAUUCUGGGUCGUCGACCCUUCGUGCGAUGACCCACGGCUGCCCCCACGGCCUCAAACACAAAGCACAGCCACAGCAGCAACACAACAGCAGCAUCGGGCGGGCAGCUCGGAGGACGGUGGCGGCGAACAGCGAAAGCUGGCGCUUUGAAUCGCUGCUGCUGGUUUGAUGUGGUGUCCGUGUGUGGCUGUCCGCGCGUGUGUAUAGAUCCAGCUGCAUGAUUGAGUGGCCGACGUG